AUGGAGAAGUGGGCGGGCAGGCCCCGGUUGUGUCUGAUGCUGCUUCUGUCCCUCCCUGAGCUCUGCCUGGAUCAGGAGGUGUUGUCUGGACACUCUCUUCAGACACCCCCUGAGGAGGGUCAGGGCCCUGAGGGUGUCUGGGGUCCUUGGGACCAGUGGGCCUCUUGCUCCCAGCCCUGUGGAGUUGGGGUGCAGCGCAGGAGCCGGACCUGUCAGCUCCCUACAGCUCAACUCCACCAGGGCCUGUCCUUCCCACCCCGGCCCCCAAGACAUCCAGAAGCCCUUCUACCCCGGGGUCAGAGCCCCAGACCUCAGACUUCCCGAGAAAUCCUCCCCCUGUACAAGCCACAGCCUCGGGGAAGAGGUGGCCCACGUCGAGGUCCUGCUUCCCAACUAGGGAGAGCAGAGACCCGGGAGAUUCCAGGAGCUCGGAGGUCCCGGGUUCGAGACUCCAUCAAGCCCGGAAUGUUUGGUUAUGGGAGAGUGCCCUUUGCUUUGCCACUGCAUCGGAAUCGCAGGCACCCUGGGGGGCCGCCCAGAGCUGAGCUCUCCCAGGCGUCAGAUCUUCCAUCCCUGACUCCAAGGACAGAACCAGCCUCCAUAAACCACACAGCUCAAACUCAGCUCCCUCCUACAGAACUUUCUGCCCACUCCCCACCACCCCCUGCAGAGCCCCCAAGCCCUGAAACUGCUCAGAUGGAGGUGCCCUCUAGAACCAGGCCUGCCCCCACACGGCCCCACCCCAGAGCCCAGGCCUCUGGCACAGAGCCCCCCUCAUCCAUCCCCUCCCCAGGAGAAAGUAGCUCCUUCCACGUGUCCCCUCAGCCAAGAACGCCAGAUUCCCAGGGUUGGGCCAGUCUCCGGGUGGACGAGAGGCACCCUAAUCCUUUCCUUUCUGUCCCUCGGGGCAGAGGCCACCAGAGCCAGGAGCACUGGAGACCUGGGGGGAAUCUUCAUGGGUCCCUCACGGAGUCUGCCUCCCACUACCCAGAUGGCUGGUUGCCUCUGCUGAGUGAUGGCCCCCACUCCAGUUCCCUCUGGAGCCUCUUUGCUCCCAGUAGCCCUGUCCCGAGAUGUUCUGGGGAGAGUGAGCAGCUGAGAGCCUGCAGCCAAGCGCCCUGCCCCCCUGAGCAGCCAGACCCCCGGGCCCUGCAGUGUGCAGCCUUUGACUCCCAGGAGUUCAUGGGCCAGCUGUACCAGUGGGAGCCCUUCACAGAAGUUCAGGGCUCCCAACGCUGUGAACUGAACUGUCGUCCCCGCGGCUUCCGUUUCUAUGUCCGUCACACGGAAAAGGUCCAGGAUGGGACCCUGUGUCAGCCUGGAGCCCUAGACAUCUGCGUGGCCGGCCGCUGUUUGAGCCCUGGCUGUGAUGGGAUCCUCGGCUCUGGCAGGCGUCCGGAUGGCUGUGGGGUCUGUGGAGGGGAUGAUUCCACCUGCCGCCUGGUCUCUGGCAACCUCACGGACCGGGGGGGCCCUCUGGGCUAUCAGAAGAUCCUGUCGAUUCCUGCUGGAGCCUCCCAGCUCCAGAUUGCCCAGCUCCGGCCCAGCUCCAACUAUCUCGCCCUUCGAGGCCCUGGGGGCCAGUCCAUCAUCAAUGGAAACUGGGCUGUGGAUCCCCCUGGGUCCUACUCAGCCAGCGGGACUGUCUUCCUGUACAACCGUCCUUCUCGAGAGGAAGGCAAGGGGGAGAGUCUGUCAGCCAGAGGCCCCACGACCCAGCCUGUGGAUGUCUACGUGAUCUUUCAGGAGGAAAACCCAGGCAUUUUUUAUCAGUAUGUUAUCUCCUCACUUCCUCCAAACCUUGAGAGCACCACCGCAGAGUCCCACCUCCCCCAGCUCCAGCCGGAGAUUUUGAGAGUAGAGCCCCCACCCGCUUCGAUGCCCCGCCCUGCCCGGACCCCAGGCACCCUCCAGCGUCAGGUGCGGAUCCCCCAGAUGCAUGCUCCACCCCAUCCCAGGACACCCCUGGGUUCUCCAACUGGAUACUGGAAGCGAGUGGGACACUCAGAGUGCUCAGCAUCCUGUGGAAAAGGUGUUUGGCGCCCCAUUUUCCUCUGCAUUUCUCGUGAGUCAGGGGAGGAACUGGAUGAACACAGCUGCGCCGUGGGCGCCAGGCCCCCAGCCCCCCUGGAGCCCUGCCAUGGUCCUCCAUGCCCCCCAUACUGGGAGGCGGGCGAGUGGACGUCGUGCAGCCGCUCCUGCGGCCCCGGCGCCCAGCACCGCCCGCUGCUCUGCCGGCAGGAGUUCGCGGGGGGCGGCUCCUCGGUGCCUCCCGAGCGCUGUGGACAUCUCCCUCGGCCCAGUGCCACCCAGCCGUGUCAGCUGCGCCUCUGUGGCCACUGGGAGGUUCGCUCCCCUUGGAGCCAGUGCUCAGUGCGGUGCGGGCGGGGUCAGAGGAGCCGGCAAGUCCGCUGCGUGGGCAACAAUGGUGACGAAGUGAGCGAGAGGGAGUGUGCGGCAGGCCCUCCGCGGCCCCCCAGCAGAGAGGCCUGUGACAUGGGGCCCUGUACCACAGCCUGGUUCCACAGCGAUUGGAGCUCCAAGUGCUCCGCCCAGUGUGGGACAGGAAUCCAGCGACGGUCUGUGGUCUGCCUUGGGAGUGGGGAGUCCCAUGGGGCGGGCCAGGAGGGAGCAGGAGCAGGGACCAGUGAGCAGAGCUGUGCACCGGGAAGCCGUCCCCCGGACAUGCGUGCCUGCAGCUUGGGACCCUGUGAGAGGACAUGGUGCUGGUACACGGGGCCCUGGACCGAGUGCUCCUCAGAAUGUGGCUCUGGCACGCAGCGUAGAGACAUCAUCUGUGUGUCCAAACUGGGUACUGAGUUCAACGUGACUUCUCCCAGCAACUGUUCCCACCUGCCCAGGCCCCCUGCCCUGCAGCCCUGUCAGGGGCAGGACUGCCAGGACCGAUGGUUUUCUACACCCUGGAGUCCGUGUUCUCGUUCCUGCCAGGGUGGUAUGCAGACGAGGGAGGUCCAGUGCCUGACCGCCAACCAGACCCUCAGCGUCCGGUGCCCUCCUCACCUGCGGCCCUCCAGGAAACAACCCUGUAACAGCCAACCCUGCAGCCAGCGCCCUGAUGAUCAAUGCAAGGACAGCUCUCCACAUUGCCCCCUGGUGGUACAGGCCCGUCUCUGCGUCUAUCCCUACUACACAGCCACCUGCUGCCGCUCUUGCGCCCAUGUCCUGGAGCGUUCUCCCCCAGAGCCUGCCUGAAAUGGGCCCAAGAGACCUUCUCCUCAUGGUUUCCUCGUGCCACCAUCAGUCACCCACCCAUCGGCCCACUCUGUACUCUCUGGCUCUCCAGCCCGCCCUAGUCUCAUCAGGGACGCCCCCUAGGGUGGUUGAAGGUGGCAAGGUGACUAUCAAGAUGUGUGGUUGGGUGUGUGUGUGGUGUGAUGGUGUGUGUGCACACACGCCCCCAGUGUGUAUCGGGGCCUGCAUGGAUGUUAUGUGCUCAUACACGUAUAUUACUUCCCCCCAAGAAGAAGUGAAACAGACUGAAGAGGAGUGGAGAGGGGACAAUGCCUGUUGCCCUGAGACUUUUCUAGGCUGAGAGGAAAGCAAGUUUGCAGCUCCUUAGUCAUGCAGACUGCCUAGCAACUGGCCCCCCCAUCGACCCCAACUUUGUGCCCUAAACUUCAGUUCUCAUGUUGAGGCCUCACCUCUUCUAAACCACCAUUAUCGUCUGACCGCUUCUCCCCACACUUAGUCUCUCUAUCCCUACCUCUCAUCAUCAGCUAGGGAUGAUGGGGGUCAGCCCCUGCCAAUCCUGCCUUACCCCAGGAAGAGAGGCUACCUCCCCAG